AUGGUGGGGCAGAGCCCCCCCUGUGAGAGCAGCAGCACCGUGCUCCUGGAGCCCUUCGUCCAUCAGGUCGGCGGCCACAUGAGCAUGAUGAAGUACGACGAGCACACGAUCUGCAAGCCCCUGGUCUCGCAGGAGCUGAGCUUCUACGAGUCGCUGCCCUUGGCCAUGAGGCAGUUCACGCCCCAGUACAAAGGCACCGUCUCCGUGCACCUCAAGAAGGACAGUCUCGGGAACGUGACGCUCAUCGCCAGCCCCAGCCUGCCGGCGGGGACCUGCGGCCGCCUGGACAACGCCAGCGGUGAGCCUGCGGUGACGAUAUGGCACAAAUGCAAGUGGGCUGCCAGCGCCGGCGCGGGCGGCGAGCACGGCUUCGGCACUUGGAGCCACACACAGGUCACCAAGAGCUUCAAAGACAGCUGCCCAGGGAAGAGGCUAUUGAGGCCAGACCUUCAGUACCGCACAGAUUCGCUUUUGGAAGAUGCAAAUGGAAACCAGCCAGAAAGAGCGAGCUACAACCCCUGGGGACUGCACUGUCACCAGCAGCACCUGAACCGCAUGUCCUCCAAGCACAACGAGAACAAACUGCAUCAGUUUCUAUUGCUUGAAAAUGUGGUAUCAAAAUACAACUAUCCCUGCAUCCUGGACUUAAAGAUGGGAACGCGGCAGCACGGCGAUGAUGCCUCAGAGGAGAAGAAAGCCCGGCACAUCAAGAAGUGUGAACAAAGCACCUCUGCAUCUCUGGGUGUUCGCAUCUGUGGGAUGCAGGUUUACCAAGCAGACACUGGCCAUUUUCUCUGCAAAGACAAGUAUUAUGGGAGGAAACUCUCACCGGAGGGAUUCAGGCAAACCCUGCGCCAGUUCCUGUGCAACGGCAACCACCUGCGGAUGGAUCUCCUGGAGCCCAUCAUCCUGCGGCUGAAAGCUCUGCUCUCUGUUAUCAGGAAGCAAAGCUCUUACAGGUUCUACUCCAGCUCACUUCUCAUCAUUUACGACGGGCAGGAGCCCAAGGAGAACACGGCACCCUUGGAUAAUCACCUUCACUUCCAAAAAACAAACUGCACCACCUCACACAGCACUCAUCACUCCAGAGUCGACGUCCGGAUGAUAGACUUUGCCCACACCACGUUUAAAGGCUCCAAGUGCAAUCACACCACUUAUGAUGGGCCAGACCAUGGCUAUAUUUUUGGCUUGGAGAAUCUCAUCAAAAUCCUUCAGAAUAUCUCAGAAGGAAAAUGA